GGCGGGCGGGGCGGGGUCAUUUAUAGCCUUCGGUGUCUUGUCACUCAAAUUGGGCUCUAGUUCCCGGGAUCGCUAUCGGGCUGAAGGUCGCGCAGUCUAGAACUGAGACUUCAAAAUGACUUCCAUAUUGACUUGCACUUUCAGAAAUCUACCUGUGACAUCAACCUGGGCCAACAAAUUCUCCCUAAGACCACUGAGCUAUUCCUCCCAACCGCUGUCAACAGCUGUACAGACCCAAAGUAAGAAGACCUUAACCAAGCCCAAUGUAAAGAAUGUUGUGGUGGUGGACGGGGUGCGAAUUCCCUUUCUGCUGUCUGGCACUUCAUACAAAGAUCUGAUGCCACAUGAUUUGGCCAGAGCAGCACUUAAGGGCUUGUUACAUCGAACCAGUAUCCCAAAGGAUAGUGUUGAUUAUAUUGUCUAUGGUACAGUUAUCCAGGAAGUGAAAACAAGUAAUGUUGCUCGAGAGGCUGCACUGGGAGCUGGCUUCUCAGACAAGAUUCCUUCUCAUACUGUCACUAUGGCUUGCAUCUCUUCCAACCAAGCCAUGACAACAGGUUUUGGUUUGAUUGCUUCUGGCCAGUAUGAUGUGGUUGUGGCAGGUGGUGUGGAGUUAAUGUCAGAUGUCCCUAUUCGACAUUCUAGGAAGAUGAGGAAACUGAUGUUUGAGCUUAACAAGGCCAAGACCCUGGGUCAGCGACUGUCUCUAGCUUCUAAAUUCAGACUGAAUUUCUUAGCACCAGAGCUUCCUGCAGUGGCUGAGUUCUCAACCAGUGAGACGAUGGGCCAUUCUGCUGACAGACUGGCUGCCGCAUUCGCUGUUUCCCGCACGGAGCAGGAUGAGUAUGCCCUCCGUUCCCACACUCUGGCCAAGCAAGCCCAGGACCAAGGACUCCUCACUGACGUUAUCUCCUUCACAGUUCCAGGAAAAGAUACAGUUUCCAAAGAUAAUGGCAUUCGUCCUUCCUCCAUGGAACAAAUGGCAAAACUGAAACCUGCAUUCAUUAAACCAUAUGGCACAGUCACGGCUGCUAACUCGUCUUUUCUGACUGAUGGAGCUUCAGCAAUGUUGAUUAUGUCAGAAGAAAAAGCUUUGGCCUUGGGCUAUAAACCAAAAGCAUACUUAAGGGAUUUUGUGUAUGUGUCUCAAGAUCCAAAAGAUCAACUUUUACUGGGGCCAGCGUAUGCAACCCCUAAAGUGCUAGAAAAAGCAGGCUUAACAUUGAAUGAUAUUGACGUUUUUGAAUUUCAUGAAGCUUUCUCAAGUCAGAUUUUGGCUAACUUCAAAGCGCUGGAUUCAGAUUGGUUUGCACAAAACUACAUGGGUAGGAAAUCCAAGGUUGGUGCACCUCCUUUGGAGAAGUUUAAUACCUGGGGUGGAUCCCUGUCUCUUGGACAUCCCUUUGGUGCCACUGGUUGUCGUCUGGUUAUGGCAGCUGCCAACAGGUUACGGAAAAGCGGUGGUCAGUAUGGAUUAGUGGCUGCCUGUGCAGCAGGAGGACAGGGCCAUGCUAUGGUUGUGGAAGCUUACCCCAAGUAAGAGGACUAGAGAGUCCCUGAAGGAUCUGUGAGAGUCCUGUGCUAGGCAAUGCCAUUUCAGCGCACUAAUACAAAGUCAUCUAUACUUGUGUGCCUCUCUUAGGAAAGCAAGAUUUAUAGCCUUUUGUUAAAUAUCUCCUAAUUAAGCCUCAUGAGUGUUCUGAGCUGUUCAGUUAUCAUGGCUUGUAACUCUUUCAAGGAUUUCUUAACCUGACAAUAUAAUGCUUCCAAAGAGAUCUUUUUUCCUUUUUAAAAUUCUUUUUGUCAGUUUCAUUAGAAACUAAACGAGUGGUUGUAAUUUUAGGGAAUAGAUAACUAAGAUUUGAAAUCAUCUGUGUUACAUUCUCAAAAUCUCUUUCAGAAUUUUAUUUUGCUAAUAACAUACAGGUAAAUAUGGUUCCAUUCUAAAUAAAAUUUUACAAACCAAGUACCUACUCUAAUUUAAUAAUGAAAGGAUGAUGUAAAGUCUAAACUGCACUGAGAAACAUCAGUGAAUGUUUAAAUAUGGAAACAUCAUCCCUGUUUGCCCAACUUAAUAAACUAAGGAAGUAUUAGAGA